UGGUUGUGGACAUUUCUUCUGCAGAUUCUGCAUCACGAAAACUCUUCAAUCAGAGUAUCAGAGACCCUGCCCCUUGUGCAAAAAACCUUUUACUCGAAGAAGAAUUCAAAAAUCCAUUCAAAGACAGAAGGUAAUAAAUGCUGCUAAAAAGUUUGCGGGAAAGCAUUUGGAAGGAACUCUUUUCCUAAAGAAAAUACUCAAAGAGAAAGUCAGAAGAAGUCAUCAGAGUUAGGAGAAAGUGUUAUUGGUCCAGAACUACACAUAGUAUUAGAGGAUAUUAUGAAAUCAAAGAAAAGAAAAUCGGAGGAAAUUAUGUUGAAUGAGGAACCAGGUGAAUCUGAAAAUGGGAUUCCUUUAAAGAAGUAUGAUUUUCUGAGUUUUUAAUAAUUUGUUAUAUUUUGUUUAAUAUUUUGAUAAUUCAGCAGAUGAUUUUAUGUAUUCAAUCUCAUACAUCUUAAUAAGCCAUACAUAUCAAUAAAAUUUAAAGCUUUCAGCAGCUUCAGGAACAGGCAAGAAAUUAUGAAGUAGUAAAUCCAAAAUUGACUGAAAAAAUGGAAAUAUUUUGUGAAAACGAUGAAUUAAGCAAGGAAAAUGAAAAAGACUUUGAAACCUCGUCUAAUAAAUGUAAACCCAAUUUCAGGAAAAAACCUCAUAAAUCUGGUUUGUGUGUAUCAAAUUCUUCCGCUGAAGAAGAUUUGAUUUCAGAGAUUAAAGAAGCAGAAAAUCAUACAUUAGUUAUCGAAUUGAACAAGGAUAAUUAUGUUGAUGAAAAUUUAUCUCAGGAAUGUCAAGAAUUAGCAGAAAUUGAAAUUCCAAGUAGAGUAACUAUGCAACCGCAAGAACCAUAUAUAGAUGCCCAUCCAAAGAACUCUAAAAUUGAUGAUAUUUCUGAUACUGUAGUAUCUGUUCACUCAUUUGCAAGUCCGCAAAUGAAUAAGGGCAAUGUAGCAUCAAAAUCUCCUGGGUGGUCCAGAGUUAAAAAAGUAGGAAAAGAUUUUAAAGUUAAAAAGUUUUCUAGACUGUCUGUGCAAAGAAACAGCUCUGCAUGCCCAGUUAAUGAAAUCAGUAAUGGUGAUGAAAAAUCACGUGAAACUUUGGAUAAGCAGCCUGAGUGCAAUGAAAUAUCUGAAACUGUCCCAACAGCAGAAGAUAUGAGUCAAAGAUCAUCCCCAUCAAGAGUAAUGUCAGAUUUAAAUAAAAACAGAGUUCUUGAUAAUGAAAUCUUUGUUGAUUAUGAAAUCCAAAGUCUUAGAGAUAUGAGAAAAAGUAUGGAUGAGGACGAACCUAUGUUAGAGGUGCCUGAUACAAAUGAGAAGAAUGCCUUUAAAGAUGAUGUCAAUCAAAUGAGCCGCGAGAAGCUUAUUUUGAACGUGGAAGGAAAUAAAAACACUUCAGAAGCUCAACCAAAUAAGUUUGUUGAUAGUUGUAAAUCAGUUGAUUGUAUAUUGCAAGCUGCGGAUGAUGACAUUCCUUCCAAUGAACGGGUGAGAGAUGAGAUGAAUCAAGGAAUAAAUUUGCAAAAGAAAACUGAUUUGAUUGAAGAACCAAUGGAUACUGGUUUUCAGGUUCCAGAUAAGGAUAUUUUAGAAGCAAAUUUAUAUCAUCCGCGUUCUUUGCCUAUCUGUUUAGAAACAGCUAGAGAGAGAAGUUCCAUUUCUGGGAAUAACCUAGCCAACACAGAAUUAAAUUGUGAAAGGAGUGAUAAUAUUUGUAAAACUCCAAUUAGAGGAUUCAUAAAGGAAAGCAGAGUAUCAAAAAUAGGAAAAUUUUCUAAAGGCAAUUCUUCACCGGAAUCAGAUGUUUUUUAUGUUGAGCAUUCUCAACAAACAUCGCAAAGAAUAGAUUUUUAUGAUGCAAAGAACCGUAAUGAAUCACUUGUGCCAGCAUUACCAGUUCAAGUUCCUUGCUGUCGCACUGAAACAUUUACUUCAAAUGCAAUAUUUCCUCAUCCUAAAUCUAUCUCAUGGUUUUGCAGCAAAGAAAAUGCCACUUCUGAAAAAACUAAAGUUGUGAAGAGAACUUGUUUGACAUUAGAAGAAAUUCAAGACUAUUUUACAAAGAGUACUAUUUCUGGAAAGUCCGAGACAGUUUGUUCUCUCCCAUUUUUAUCAGACAGUUAUAAACUUCACAUUUGUGUUGCUGAUGACACUCUUAAUGUAUCUGUAUUGAAAGUUGUUGAUUCUAAUACAUCUGAAAUGCAUUGUACUAAUUUGAUUAAUAUCCCUGAAAUGAGUGACUUGCACCGAAAAACUAAUCCUGCUUUAAUGUCAAAAGAAUCUUUUGAAACUUUGACUGAUAAGUUUCAGAAUUAUUCACCAGCUGUUUUACCAUCCUCGAAUGUGGAAUCUGAUUGCUCAGAGGCUGAUGAUAAUUCUGAGGCUGCUAAACGUAAGUCCAAUCCAUUUCCAUUUCUAAGUAAGUUUUUUUCUGACUCUGAAUCUACUCCUCAACUGAAUGAAGCUACUGAUUCAUGUAAUCUAAAUUGUGUUCCUGAUACAUAUAAUGUGAAAGAUAUUCGUAGUAUGUCUGUUGUGAAAGAUCUGGAAGAACCUAAAGUGAAACAUGUGUCGAUUGUAAAAGAUGUUUCAGAUUUUUCUAAUGUAACUACUAAGGACAACACAGAGAUUAUUCUUCCACCAUCAAGAAAAACAUCUUAUAAGUUCCCUGUCCAGAUUGAAGAGACUCCCGUUAAUAUGGAAACAAAUAGUAAAAAAUCUUUUGACUCAGAUUCAAACUAUUUGAAAGAUUCUGUUAAUAUCCUAAUCAAUUCUAAAGCAAGCUCAGAAAAAAAUCAAAAUUCUAUUAGUGUAUCUGAAAAAAAAGUGGAAAUUAUCGAUACUUCUCAAGAUUCAAUGGAUCAAGAUGAAGAUUGUUCCAUUUUGAAAAAUACUCUUCCUAUUGGUGCAACAACAGUGUAUCAACAUAAAGUACUUAACUCUGACUCUUCCGAAGAAUUAUACAAGAAAGCAUUACGUGAUGAUGAUGUUGAUUUCUUGAGUGAAUUGUCAGAUUUAAAUCCCGGUCAAACUGCAUCUCAUUAUGCUAGCUUGAUGAAAGAGUAUGAUGCUCUUUCUUCUGAUCCUGUUAUGGCUUUUGCUGAUGAUCUAGUCGCACCACUUAGGAAUAUUGCUGAUAAACUAAAUCCUGUGUCUCAUGAAAGCAAUAAAAAACAGAAUAAAUUAACUGCUGAUCCAAAUGAACUGAACCAGAUUGACGGAACUACAUCUCCGCUGGACCGUGUCCUGAAUUUGCUUCCUAACAAGAAAAGUUUAUUUUCGAACACAAAUACAAAGAAAAAAGUAUCAAGAUUGUCUCUAAAGAAAAAGAAGAGUUCUAAAUUUAAACGAAUACAAAAUGAUCCAGAUUCUUCUGAUUCUGACGAGCCUGAAUCAUCUGAAGUUGAUGAAGUAGCUAUUUUAAAGUCUUCAAAACCAACCAGUCCUAAAUGCAAAAAUGUUUCAGCUGCAUCUUGUAAUGAGCAAAGCACUCUUGAUGGCUCUCUUUCAGAGGAUGAUAAUCCUAGUCAAAUUGUGAAAGAAAUUGAAGACAUUGAUCAAGCCAUACGAUUAGUCGAAGAAAAACUUAAGAUGUGUGGUCAUGGUAAUUUAUUGUCUGAAGAAAAUAAAAUCUUAUUGAAAGAUAUACAUCAAAAAGAAUAUAGCAACCAUGAAGACAGUGAUGAUAGUGAUGAUAUUUUUUCUCAAUCAAUUCCUCCAACACCACCGGAAACAAUUGGCAACAGUAAAGUAUCUACGUUAAAGAAGCCAAGAGUGAAUUAUUAAUUUUCAUUAAAUCAGUCGGUCUUUGAUAUUAUAUGUUAUGAAUGAAGGAAACAUAUUAUUGCUGUUAAUUUUCAUUUUGAAUAUAUUGUUUUGAAGUCACAUCCUUGAACCAAUAAGAUUGUGUCCUUAAACAUUCGAUCAAAAAUUAUUUAGAUUAAGUCUUAAAACGUGACAUCAUUAGAUCAAAAAUUAUUUAAAGUGGCCAGUUUAUUUAUUUAUUUCUUUUUUGCACACUGUGCAUCAUAUAAUUAUGUUGCUCUGAUUUAUAAAGCCAUAUUUAUAUUUUGUUUUUGUAUACAAGGUCUUAUUCGUUUUACUUUACUUAUGUAUCAUUUCAUGAAUAUGUAUGUUCUGUAAAACAGUUUAAUUUUCUAUAAAAGAAAAAAAACUUUUAAAGUAUUUUUAUAAAUAUAUUAUGAUUCAUGGAAUUAUGUAUAGAAUUUUAGUGUAUUCUACUAGAAAUGUUUAAUACUUACUGGAUUGGAACCAAAAUUUUCAUAAUUAACCUAACCCCUUAUACUGAAUCGUUUACUACUCUCAUUUUGCACCUCUUUUCAAAUCAAGUAAAAGGCUCUUGACUUAAAAGCUAUGAUAGUAUUCUAUUGUUUAUGUUAACAGAUGUGUAUGUUUAAUGUAUAAAUUUAUGUCAUGUAUCAUAAAUGUUAUAUAUGUGAUG